GGCGGUGGCCCACCCUUAGGCACUUCCUAGGGCACACAAACCCAGAGGACCCACUAAGGACCCGGAGUCACCGGUUGCCUAGAGACGGCCGCUAGCGGCCUUCCUCGUCUCUCUCGAUUUGCAUCCGACUUUCCCAAGAGCAUUUCCGGUUCCGGCUGUGGACUGGAGGGGAUAUGGCGAUGUCUGCGUCGGCAGCUGCUGGGGAGGAGGACUGGGUCCUUCCCUCUGAAGUUGAGGUGCUCGAGUCUAUCUACCUGGAUGAACUACAGGUGGUUAAAGGUGAUGACAGAUCUUCACCCUGGGAGAUCUACAUCACUCUGCACCCCGCCACUGCAGAGGACCAGGAUUCCCAGUAUGUCUGCUUCACUCUGGUGCUCCAGGUCCCGGCGCAGUAUCCCCACGAGGUGCCCCAGAUCUCUAUCAGGAACCCCCGCGGACUCUCAGAUGAACAGAUCCACAAGAUUUCACAGGCGCUGAGCCAUGUGGCCACUACAGGACUGGGCACUGCCAUGCUCUAUGAACUCAUUGAGAAAGGGAAGGAAAUCCUCACCGACAACAACAUUCCCCAUGGCCAGUGCGUCAUCUGCCUCUAUGGCUUCAAGGAGAAGGAGGCCUUCACCAAGACAGCCUGUUAUCACUACUUCCACUGCCACUGCCUGGCGCGAUACAUCCAGCACAUGGAGCAUGAGCUGGAGGCUCGAGGGCAGGAGCAGGAACGGCUGCACACUGAGCCCAAGCAGAAGGCUGCUGGUGUGCAGUGUCCGGUGUGCAGAGAACCCCUGGUGUACGACCUCGCAUCACUGAAAGCAGCUCCUGAACCCCAACAGUCCAUGGAAGUGUACCAGCCCGAUGCAGAGACUCUGCGCCAGCAAGAGGAGCGCCAGCGGCUCUACCAGCGGCAGCAGGAGAGGGGGGGCAUCAUUGACCUGGAGGCUGAGCGCAACCGCUACUUCAUCAGCCUCCAGCAGCCGUCUGCCCCUUUGGAGCCCGAGUUAGCUAUAAACACCUCUGGAGAAGCCCAGCCUCCCAGUGCCCUGGCCACAGAAUUGUCUACCCCGUUGGUGGCCCAACCCACUCUGUCAGCUCCUCUGCCUGUGGCCUCCCAGUAUAUGUGUGAGAAGAUUCCAGGGACGGGAACCACUCAGAAGUUGGGCGAGACCCAGAAAGCACCACUCAAUCUCCCCCGUGCCAGUCGGGGCCCCUGGAGACCACCAGAACAGAGGCACCUGAAGGGGGGGCGGUACAGUGCCCCCAAAGGUCCCAGUGACACCCAGGAACUGCCACCACCUGAGAGGCCCCUCAAGGAGCCCAUGGACCUAAAGCCGGAGUCCCAUAACCAAGGGGUGGAAGGUCCCCCCCAAGAGAAGGGGCCUGGCAGCUGGCAGGGUGCCCCGCCCCGCAGGACUCGGGACUGUGCCCGCUGGGAGCGCUCUAAGAGUCGGACACCAGGUUCUUCCUACCCCCGCCUGCCUCGGGGCCGGGGAACCUACCGGCCUGGUAGUCGGAGGGAGCCCCUGAGCGUGGAGUCUGAGGAUGGUUCCUAGCAAUACUGUGGGGGGACAGGGAGUUGGGUGGGAGGGAGACAAUAAAGAGAUUUGCCUCAUUCAGCAUU